GACGGGGGAGUACAAUUAUUAAUUAAGUAGUACUAGGUAGGUGGUUGCCAUCUUCUUCACAAAAAUAUUUCAAUUUUGUUAUCUCUGACUGAUCAACUUCAAUGGCUGCAUUAAGUUCUGUUUCAGUAUUAUCUUCCAUAUCUAAUCCUCAACUUCGAAGAACUUACAGACGUUUGCCUACUAUACUUGCAUCAUCAGCGUCAGCUACACCUUUUCAAGAAUCAUCCACACAAAGUGGGAGUGUAUUAUCCUCAACUUCUCCACCAAAAGUGCCAUUUGUUGAGUCCUCUAAUGGGAAUCCAGUUGUUAGAUUUGUUCAGCAAACUGAGUCAACUAUUGAAAGGGCAAUAUUUGACUUCCGUUUUCUGGCAUUCUUUGCUAUCGGAGGUUCAUUGGCUGGUUCUCUGCUCUGCUUCCUCAAUGGUUGUGUCUACAUUACUGAAGCUUACAAGGUAUAUUGGACGAGCUGUGUCAAAGGAAUUCACUCAGGACAAAUGGUUCUGAAAUUGGUUGAAGCUAUCGAUGUUUAUCUUGCUGGGACCGUGAUGUUCAUAUUCGGGAUGGGCUUGUAUGGAUUGUUUAUCGCUAAUAAUGUGUCUCCUGAUGCAAGUGCAACUGCCGACCGUGUCCUCAAGCAGUCUUCCUUGUUUGGGAUGUUUGCUCUGAAGGAGAGGCCAAACUGGAUGAAGAUCAGUUCGCUUGAUGAACUAAAAACCAGAGUGGGACAUGUCAUUGUCAUGAUCCUUCUUGUCAAGAUGUUUGAGAGGAGCAAGAUGGUCCCUAUAGCCACUGGUGCUGAUCUAUUGAGCUACUCUGUGUGUAUUUUCCUGUCUUCUGCUUCCUUGUAUAUUCUCCAUCAACUGCACAAGUCAGAAUAACAGUUCACAUGUAUCAUACUGAUGAUACAUACAUGUAUUAUGAUAUAUAGCCAAGUAAUCAAACUUUUGAAGCUAGCAUGAAAUAAAUAUGUUUUCUAUCCAACAA